CAAAAGAGCCAGCCUCUUGACUACCUUUCUGGCUCCGAUUCUCUGCGCUAUGACGCCAGACUGACGUCGCCUUCGCCGUUGUCGUCGUCGUCAAUGUUGCUGCCAUCCCCCUGCAGAGCGUUCACCGACCCUUCCACUCUGCUCCAUCCGGUCGGCUCGCCCAGUUCUGCUCAUCGCGGCUGCACAGUCAUUUGUCCCAGUUCGGCCGGCCUAUCGUCAACCAGGGCACUAGGCCGGUUUGGCGGAUGCUCCGCCUUCUCGCCCGUUGAACGUCGGCCGCCUCGUGGCGCGGUUGUCACCGACUCCAACUCCACUUGGCCGUUGCUACAGCGCCAUGUUGAGCUCGCCAGCUCUCAAUUGUCCAUCACUGGCCGCUCGGCCUCCUCCUCUCCGUCCUUUGACCACCACGAAACUGUCUGCUCCGACGUUUUGGACCGCGGUCACCUUCGCACUCAACUCCUCCCCUCGACGGUACACUUGUCUUGGGCGGGAAAAAGCUGUGAACAGACUGAAAAGGAGGCAGACUUGCUGGCAUGCGAAGGUGGACACGUCUAUUCUCCUCGCGCUGAUUCAGCAUUUUCACUUCCUCGCCUACUCACUGAUGCCGACCUAUCUUCACCGUCAACUCCACCAAGCUAUCCUGCACUCCAGUCGUCCAGACUCGAGCUCAUUUGCUCCCAUCAAGAUCACACUAUGCUGUGCCAGACUACACAGCUUGGCCUUUUGAUCUCACCUUCGCAUGCUCUGAACGCCUCCUCUUCCUCGUGCCAAAUGUCUUCUUCCUCCGCCUCGGCAGGUUCCGACAUCUCGUUUGCCAAUCUCGAGUUGAGCCGUUCGGAUUGUUCGUCGGAAAAGAGUUUGACCACAUCUGUACCACCAGAAGCUACAGCGUCUGGUCGUCUGGUCGAACCGCCAUCUGACACCACGUUCCAGGACACGAUAGACUGUGGACGGCAGGUCAAUAGGCCUCUUGCUGGCGCUUCAACAGGUAUUGGUACCCCACUUUUACAGUCGGGAGUAUGGAAUGGAUAA